GUUGCGCCGACACCGGCACCGGCAGCUCACCGGGCUGGACGGGAGCGGGACCGCGACCGCGCCGCCCCAGAAAUGGAAACAAACAACCAUUUUAACUUCACUGGCCUUUCCUCUGCACCCGCUGCCUCAGGACCGAAACCCACGCCUGCCUCAGGGGACAGCCCCUUCCCCCCUGGCUCCCUGCUCAGCUUCCCCACCCAAGGGAAAAGUCUGAACGGGGGCACGAAUGUCAAUGGCUUCUCUACUGUAUCUCACCCCAGCACUUCAGGGACCUCUGCCGCCGGCUCCCCACCGCUCCGCACCUACGACUGCCUCUGGGACUACGCUCCGUUCCCGCCCGCCAGCGGCCUCAAGGACGGCAGCCCUGCUGCCCCCGCACUCGCCCCCCUCGGACAGUUCCCCCUCAACGGCAUGGCUGGGGGGUCCCGGCCGGCAUCCCCUGGCCACAGCAGCAACCUGCGGGGGGCCGGGCAGGAGUUCUGGGGCAACGGCACCCCUGGCCCCAUGGGGCUGAACUUCGACUCACAGGAGCUGUACGAUUCCUUCCAUGACCAGAGCUUCGAGCUGAUGCAGAACGGACCAGCCGGCUUCUUCGCAGCGGCCCAGCCCUCCCCCAUGCUGGGCUCUGACACUCGGCCCUUCUCGCUGCCACCGGAGGAGCCAGGCCCCGGCGGGGGGGACGCCGACACCACAGCCAAAGAGAUCCCCCCUGCCAUGGCAGAGAACGGGGGCGGACUGGUGGGCAGCAUGGAGCUGGAGGAGCCGCAGACAGACUUGAAGAUUUGUGACUACAACGUGUCUGUCCCUGGCCCGGUGCCGCUGGAGCAGGAGGGGCCUGGCCUGUCCCCCAGUGUGGGCAGCAGCUGCUUGGGGGACACGUCGCCCAUGGCCCCACAGCUGGAGGACGCCCACAUCCUCAGCGGAGACCCCCUGGAGCCCUUCGAAUCUCUGGCCAGAGACCCUGGCACUGGGGACCUCUAUGCCAUGGAUGACUCGCAGCUGGUGAGCGACAAAUCCCCCCUGGAGGUACCUCCCGACCUGCCCACCAGCCCUCCUCUCCACGCUGGACCCUUCAGCCUGCUGCCCACCAGCCCCUCGCCCCCGCCGCUGCUCGCUGGCCCCAGCUCGCUGCACGACGGUAGCAUCAACCACGAGGGGCCGGAGGAGUCGAGGUCCCUGGAGCUCGACCCCCCACUGGAGCCUGAGUCCCCAGCCCCGUCGGCAGAGGAGGAAGAAGAGGAGGAGGAGGAGGAGGCUGCUGCUGACAGCUAUCCAGAGCCUUCUGCCGCCUUGGGAGCAGAGGGCGAGGCCGCCCCACUGAGUGCCUCGGCAGCAGGUGACAUCCCCCGCCGGCGCAUCGCCACGCAGGACGAGGUGCGCUUCCCCCUGCAGCACGGGUGGAGGCGGGAGGUGCGGAUCCGGAGGGGGAACCAUCGCUGGCAGGGAGAGACCUGGUACUACGGACCCUGUGGGAAGAGAAUGAAGCAGUUCCCGGAGGUGAUCAAGUACCUGAGCAGGAAUGUGGUGCAGGAUGUCCGGCGCGAGCACUUCAGCUUCAGCCCCCGCAUGCCGGUGGGAGACUUCUAUGAGGAGCGGGACACACCUGAGGGUCUGCAGUGGGUGAAACUGAGCCCCGAGGAGAUUCCCUCCCGCAUCCAGGCCAUCACAGGCAAGCGCGGGCGGCCCCGCAAUGCCGAGAAGGUCAAACCCAAGGAGCCGCCGCCUGCCAAGCGCGGCCGGGGCCGCCCCCCCAAGGCCAAGAUGGUCGAUCUGCUGAGCAAGACGGAUGCGCGGCUGCUGAAGAAGCUGGAAGCCCAAGAGGUGCUCAGCGAGGAGGACAAGCUGAAAAUGAGCAAAAUCAAGAAGAAAAUGAGGCGGAAGGCCAAGAACAAGCAGAAGCAGGAAGCCAAAGCCCCCAGAGCAAAGGAAACCAAGAAGAAAUCCAAGGCCAAGGAGAAGAAGGGCAAACUAGAGAAGGGCAAAGAGAAAGCCCGGCCCAAGGAGAAGAAAGGCAAAGGGGCUCGCAAGGCGGACAAGGGGCUGCUGGCCCAGCGGCGGCUGGAGGAGCGGCGGCGGCAGCAGCUCAUCCUGGAGGAGAUGAAGAAGCCCACAGAGGACAUGUGCCUGGGGGACCACCAGCCCCUGCCAGCCUUCUCCCGCAUCCCGGGCCUCAUCCUGCCCAGCUGCGCCUUCUCCAACUGCCUGACAGUCGUGGAGUUUCUCCAGAGCUAUGGCAAGGUCCUGGGCUUCGACCCAGCCAAGGACGUGCCCAGCCUGUGUGUGCUGCAGGAGGGGCUGCUGGGGGUGGGCGACAGCACAGGCGAGGUGCAGGACCUGUUGGUGCGGCUGCUGCAGGCUGCGCUCUACGACCCCGGGCUGCCGCCCUACUGCCAGUCCCUGAAGAUCCUGGGGGAAAAGGUGUCUGAGAUCAGUCUGAACCGCGACACCGUCUCUGAGAUCCUGCGCUGCUUCCUGACGGCACACGGGGCAGGUGAGGAGCUGUGUGAGGGGCUGCGGACCAAGCCCUUCCAGGCGCUGCCCCCGGAGAGGAAAGCUGCCAUCCUGGCCUUCCUGGUGAACGAGCUGAACAGCAGCGCCCUCAUCAUCAGCGAGAUCGACAAGACCCUGGACAACAUGUCCCACUACAGGAAGAACAAGUGGAUCAUUGAAGGGCGACUGCGCAGGCUGAAGGUGGCCCUGGCCAAGAGGACCGGCCGUCCCGAGUCAGAGAUCACGGGCCUGGAGGACUGUCGGCGCCGACGCAGCUCCCGCCUAACGGAGGAGACAGGCCUGGAGAUGGAGGAGAAGGAGAGCCAGGGACGGAAAUCCCGCCGGGAGGAGGAGGCGGACACGUCUGCAUCCAGCAUCCCAGAGCUGGAGCGGCAGAUCGAGAAGCUGGCCAAGAGGCAGAUGUUCUUCCGCAAGAAGCUGCUCCAUUCCUCACAGACACUGCGAGCAGCUUCCCUGGGCCAGGACCGGUACCGGCGCCGGUACUGGGUCCUGCCCCACCUGGGCGGCAUCUUUGUGGAGGGCACCGAGGCAGCUGAGCCAGAGCCCCCGGAGCCCCCCAAGGAGAAGACUUUCCCCCACUACUCCCCGGUGAAGCAGGAGCCGGUGGAAGUGCCCAUUCCCAGCCGGACGAGCUGCACAGCCUCGCGCUCCCGCGGCCGGCCCCGGAAGAGCAAAGAGGAGCAGUCGGAGCACAGCGGGCCCAGACCCUCACCCCUCAAUGGGGUCCUGGAGGAGCUGGAGCCGCUGGGGCAGAGCCAGCAUGACCUCAGCCAGUCUGCCUUCCUCUCCUGGCUGAGCCAGACCCAGUCCUCCCUGCUCCAGGACUCCGUCCUCACCCCUGCCAGCAGCCCAGGCAAGGGGGACGCGAGGCUCCCACCACCCAAAGCCCCGUCAGACCCCAUGGAGGAGGAAGAGGAGGAGGAAGAGAGUGCCCCAGAGGCUGCAGAAAAGCAGGGGCCCUGGUUCAACCUGCUGCCCCGGACACCCUGCGAUGACCAAGCCCCCCUGGCUACCUCCUCAGCCGAGCCCUCACUGCGCACCCCCACACAGCCCCGUGGCCACCCCCGUGGUGAGCUGCCCAGGGGCUCAGCCAGGCAGCUGAAUGGCCUCCCCAUGGACGACCCCACAGCCCCUCUGCUCGCUUCCACACCAGUGUCUGCCAGUGCCAGGGCCCACGGUGCCUGUCCCCGGAGCCGAGGCAGCCUGGAGAGGCUCCAGGACUUGCCGGGGCAGCCCAAGCGCCGAGGGCGGCCCCCCACCAAAUUCUUUAGGCAGAUUGAACAGAAGUACUUGACCCAGCUGACGGAGCAGCCCGUUCCCCCUGAGAUGCAGAGCGGCUGGUGGUGGGUGCAGGACCCCGAGGAGCUGGAGGCCGUGGCCCGUGCCCUGCACCCGCGGGGGAUCCGGGAGAAGGCGCUGCACAAGCACCUCACCAAGCACAAGGAGUUCCUGCGGGAGGUCUGCCUGCGCUCCACCACAGACCCCAUCUUCCACCUGCGCCCCGAGGCGGCUGGUGCCGCCGUGUCUCAGGAAGCCCUGGCCCGGUGGUCGGUGAUGGACAGAGCCUACGAGACUGACCUCUCAGUGCUGCAGUGGGUGGAGGAGCUGGAGCAGCGCGUGCUGAUGGCCGACCUGCAGAUCCGGGGCUGGACCUGCCCCAGCCCCGACUCCACGCGGGAUGACUUGCAGUACUGCGAGCACAAAGUGGAGCCCCUGGAGGACAUCACAGUGCGGAGCCGGCGGGACGGGCUGCCGUUGUGCCGGGAGCGCACCAACCCGCUGGACCUGGCGGUGCUGCGGCUGGCGGCGCUGGAGCAGAACCUGGAGCGGCGCUACCUGAAGGAGCCACUCUGGCCCCUGCACGAGGUGGUGGUGGAGAAGGUCGUGCUGAGCAGCCCCGAGGAGCUGAGCCUGGGACCCACCGAGAUGUGAGACCUGUCCCCUGCCCCGGCCGUGCCGCCGGGAUGCGGGCGGCUCCGGCUGAGCCUCGUCUCCCACGGCAGAGCCUACGAGAUCACCCCCCGGGUCCGGACGUGGCGGCAGACGCUGGAGCGGUGCCGCAGUGCAGCCCAGGUCGCCCUCUGCAUCUACCAGCUGGAGAAGUCCAUCGCCUGGGAGAAGUCGGUCAACAGAGUGACCUGCCUGGUUUGCCGGCGCGGGGACGACGACGAGCACUUGCUGCUGUGCGACGGCUGCGACCGCGGCUGCCACCUCUACUGCCACCGGCCCAAGAUGACGGAGGUGCCCGAGGGCGACUGGUUCUGCUCCGUCUGCGUCUCCCGGGCGGGGCAGUACCGGGACCCCCUCUCCCCCCGACGUGGCAAGAAGCGGAAGCGGGGGCGUCUCUUUGGGACGGCGGAGGACACGGGGAGCCCGCGGCGCCGGCCGGGCCCGCGCCGACGCGAGGGGCUGCCCCCCCCGGGCCGGGGGCCACGGCCCCUCAAGCGCCGGGGUGUGACACUGCGGGGCCAGCCCAGCGACCUGACCUUCUGCGAGAUCAUCCUGAUGGAGAUGGAGUCACACGAGGACGCGUGGCCCUUCCUGGAGCCCGUCAACCCCCGCCUGGUCCCCGGUUACCGCAGGAUCAUCAAGAACCCCAUGGACUUCGCCACCAUGCGCACGCGGCUGCUGCAGGGCGGGUACUCCAGCUCAGAGGAGUUUGCAGCCGAUGCCAUGUUGGUGUUCGACAACUGCCAGACCUUCAACGAGGACGAGUCCGCGGUGGGCCGGGCCGGGCGCGCCAUGCGCCGCUUCUUCCAGAGCCGGUGGGAGGAGUUUUAUCAGGGAAAACAUGCUACUACCCCCUGAGGGGGGCCCGGGCUGGGGUUCCCCCCGUGCCCCCCAAGAACUGACUCCUCUGGAGCUGAUCUCGCUGCCUGCUGAUCCUGCGGGGGCCCCCCCGGCCAGUGCGAACGGGCGCCCCUGGCCCCUUCCCGCUGCCCGGACCCCCCUAGACCCCCCCUCCCCAGCACCACAAACUCACAGACUGUGUAAGCCAAAAAGAAAAAAAAAAGAGGUGUUUUUUUCUUUCUUUUAAAUUUUAUUUUCUAAUUAAGAAACAGAAGCAGCCCACCCCCCCCCCCUUCCCAUCCCCCCCGCUGGGAAUAUUUAAUAAUAGCAAUAGUUCGUAGUGAAUGUCCGAGCACUCCUGUGCGGUGUCUACAUGCAUUAACGGCCAGUAAAGUGGACUUACCCCCCCCGGCCGGGACCCCCGCCCGCGCAGACACUUUACAGGGAGGGGGGGUCCCUGGCGCAGCCCCCGCUGCCCUCAGACCCCUCCUCCACUGCCGGGGCGGCCACUGGCCCCUCCCCACCCAGCUCCAGGGACCAAACUGGGAGGGUGGGGGGGGGGGUCCAGUAGCCCCUUUCCCUGCCCCCACGUCUCAGGAAGAGCCCGGCCCCCCCCCUCCCCAGCACGAGGACCCCCAGGGCUGGGCCAGGGUCCCGGCCUCCCCCAGCCCCACACCAGGAUCCCUCAGGGAUGCUACUGCAGGCCCCGGGGGGGGCCUGGCCCCCCCUGGCCCCCCCCCCAACAUGGACUUGAAGCCUCAGGUGGGUGUUUGCCCCACCCCCCCCCAGACUCCCAAGGUUCUGGGGGGUUGCACUGGGUGAGGAUGGGGCCCCCGCCAAGCUGGUGGGGGCCCGAGCUGGGGUGGGGGUCCUGCCACCCCAUGUGCCCCCGUGCGGUGGGCAGCCAGGGAGGAGGCUGGGGCCCCCCCGGCCAGGAUAUUACGGGUACUCGCUCUGGGGGUUCAGCGAGGUUGGGGGGGGGGGCCCAGCACGACCCCCCCCAGCCCCACAGAGCACUGAAAACAACUCACCUACCUGGGCAGGGGGGGCCCGACCACGCCCCCCACCCCCCCCGUCUCUCAAAGUAGCCUUUUUUCUAUCAGAUAACCUCAGAAACUUUUUAUUUUAUUUUAUUUUUUUGCUUUGAAAUAAGGUGUGGAUUUGAAGUCUAUUUGAACUGACUUUAUAUUACGCAUAAAUAUUUAUAUUUUAUCUAAAUAACUGCGCUGUAACAAACUUUUUUUGUGGUUUGUUUUUUAGUCACCUUCGGAUCUGUCAGGUUUCUGGUUGUUUUUUGGUUUUGGUUGUUUUUUUUUUUUUCUGUCGUGGGAAAGUUUUCGGGAGUCUCUGUAUUAUUGUUCUCGUGUUUGUUCAGUUCCCUCCCCCCCCCCCCUCCCGGUUUUGACGCCCCCUCCCCACCCCCCACGGCCGGUGCCCGCAGCCCCCACCUGUGCACGGGGGUGGGGGGAUCCUCUCUCUUUAACCCUCUCCCCCCUGCCCCCCCAAAUCCCCGGUGCCCCCGGCUGGGGGCUGCAGCAUCACCGGGAGCAUCGACCCCCACACACACCCCUUCCCCCCCCCCCCCCCCCCCCGCCCCCUUUUCUAUAACCAGCCGUGUCGUUUUAGUGACUUUUUGAUAAUGUACAGGUUUUGUGGAUUUAAAUUUAUUUCUUUCUAUAUUUUUAGGACCAAUCUCAUUUUUAAUAAGGUUGAAAGGAAAGGGGGGGGGGGGGAGGGGAGGCAGUGGUUACUCGCCCCCCGCUCUUCCCCACCCCCCCACCCCCCGUUGCUGUCGAUGACCCCAAGAGCUGUAGGACCCUCCCCACCCCCGUGUCGCCUUCGAGAAUAAAUGACUCACGUUUGAUAAACA